AAAAAAAAUAAAAUCAAAAUAUCUUAAAACAAAUAAAAAAUGGAGAAUAAAACCAUUCUCAUGACAUUUUUUUCAGUUAUGGUUUUGCUAUCAUUUUUUAAUCAAAGUUUGGCCAUAGCAGCCGAUCUUGAAGAAAUGCUAAUCAACGAGUUUGAUGUGGUGCUUAAACAUUGGCCGAGUCCAGGUGAUUAUAAUCUCAACGUUAUACGUGGACAAUCAAGAAAACAUCUCAAAUAUCUUCUUAACUGCGGUGUAAAAAUGGGACCUGGUGGGACUGAAUGUAACAUUGAAUAUAGAGACGGAAUUUCUCGGAACAAAAGUACUUCGAGAGAUUGUUGUCUGAUGAUAGUGAAAGCUGGCAAGCAAUGCCACACAGAAUUGAUGAAGUUGUUUUUGCAAUUCUAUCAACUCAAACGUUUUAGUUCUAAAGCUAUGAUCAAAACUAACGAAAUAUGGAACAAAUGUUCUAAUGAAACUGAAGCUAUUUCACCAUUUUCUGGUUAAAAUUGUAAUGAUGGUUGUUAAAUAAUGGUUUAAG